GUGACCUGGGCUUUGCUGUGCACACAGCUUUGCAGUGCAGGCCCUGAAGUCCCUGCUGUGCCAAAUGCAUCGUGAGGAAGUGGUGGUGGAAAUGGAACACAAGCGUGGCUGGGACAAGCUGCUCUCUGCUGACACCCACCACUAUGCCGUGGGUCUGCUGGCCAGGGAGAUGUCGUCUGCCUCUAUCCCCUUGUGUUCCCGCAUCGUUCCCUACCUGCUCCAGCUGCUCAGCACACAGGAGGCACGCUGGGAUCUGCCUGCCCUGGCAUUCCUUGUGGAGAUCCUGGACUACCUGGACUUGAGCGAACGCAGCGCUAACAGAGUCCUGGAAAUCUUCUCAAGGCACCUGCGGAGCGAGAGCAGGGACAAGCGUCACCUGGCGCUCAGGGCCCUUUUCAAGUUGAUUGACGAUCCCUCGAUGGCUGAAAAAAUGCGGAGCCUGACUGAAAGUCUUGUAGAUUUCCUGUGGGAUGCAGAUGGAGAGAUAGUCAGGAUGACAGUCAUGGUGCUCAGCUUUAUCGUCUUGGACAAGGACAUGCUGAUACCCAGCCCCAUUGCCCUGCAGCUGGCUGAGGCGCUCCUGCCACUCUUUGACCACGAUAAUAGCCAGGUGCAGCUGGUGUCCAUAUUAUUCUUCCGAUCAUUGAUGACUCUUCUAACAGAAAAGGAAAAAAAGGCCCUGAAGUCACACGUGCACCACAGCCUGCUGCCUCUCUUCUUCCACUGCCAUGACGAGAACCAGCAGGUGGCAGAGGCUACUUGGGCAACGCUGCUUUGUGCGGCCGAGUUCCUGAGGAGGAGAGAUCUUGAAAGACCUGUGAAAAAGAAGAAGCUGUGGAUGAUCACCGAGUGCCUGCUGGCACAGGACAGGAACCGAGCGGCGGAGGACCUGCGCCGGGCCCUGCCGUACCUGCAGAGCCCACAGGAGCCCCUGCGAGCGGCGGCCAUCAGGUUCAUCGGGAUGGCCGGGCGGCUCCUGAGGCGGCAGAAAGAAGACCUGCAGCUAAUUUACAAAUGUGAGUGAGGGCAGUGGGCUGUCAGCGGG